AUGAAAGCUUUCGAAACUUUGCGUGAUAAAAUUAUAUCCACACUUCAGAAUGUUAAUCAAAAAUCAGCAACGCUCUCAAAACCUAUAAAAAGCCUCCUAAUAAUACAACAUCAAUUUUUAAUGUUAUCAUAUAUAUUCGAAUAGAAAAAUAAUUCAUUUUUUUACAUUAUUGCUACUACAACUAGACCAUAAUUACUCUUACAUUCUAAUAAUAUUUGCUAUUUGAUUUUACCAAUCCUAUUAUUAUAUAUGAUUAGUAUUUUUGUUAAGAAAAUACCAGGAAGAUAAAAGAUAUUGGUAAUAGGAUAGUUAUUAAGAGUGAGUGUGUAUAAUGUAUUUUUUGAAAUUUCAAAGGGAGAAUUACAAUUUAUUGUUUAAAUCUUACUAAUUAUCAUUAGCACUAUUGAUAUCCUAUUCAUAUUAGGGACUUUAAACAUUAAGUAGAUGAAUUUCUCAUAAAUUUCAAUUAACUAUUUUUAAAUAGCUAAUCACAUUUUAAACAAUUUAAUACUAAUUUUUAAAUAAUAUUCUAAUUAUAGUCAUCUCAUAAUAAUAAUUUUAUGCAUGCUUUAUUCACUAAAUGGAUUCCUUAAUCAAAUUAUUUACUCCCCUAUAAAAUCAACUAAACUUCAUCCUUAUAUCCUUUAUGCUCAUCUUAUAACAAUCAUACAAUGUAUUCUUUAUUUUGCUGAUAUUAAAUUAAAUGAAUUUCCUAAUUUAAUUUUAUGUACCUUAAUACUUAAACUUAUUUAAAUUUCAAGUGCAAAUUAAUUGAGAUUUCCUAUAUAAAAUUUUGAUUCUUUAUUACUAAUAAUAGGUGAUGGUUGCAUAACUUCUGAACAUAUAAAAAUUAUAAUAAACAAAAAGUUAAUUCAAAAAGAAUAGGAUAAAAUACUUUAUGCAACAAUAAAGAUAAAAUAGAAACAUUAUUAUGAAGCAUUGUGUCUAUUAUACAAUUAAAAGAGUUCAAAUUGGUUGAAUUAAAUAAAAAAAACAAUAAUUAUAGAUGAAUGUCUAAAAUAAUUAGAAUUUAAAAUAAAAACAUCUUCAAAAUUUGAUUAAAGUGUAGCAUUAGCUGUUGAGUAAUUAAUGAAAAGUGAAGACAGAAAUUUCAUUAUUCAAGAGAAAAUUAUAGAAAUAAUUAAAUAAAAAUAGCAUAUAUAAAAAUGUAUUACAGAAUAAGAUUUAAAAAUAUAUCAGAAACUUAUGAAUUUUGUAAAUAAAGUAUAAGAAGUCAAAAGAAAACUUGAAAAAUAAUAUUCCUAAUUUCCAAAUUAAAAAACAUAAGCAAUUUUAAGUUUUUUAUAUGCUGAAAUAUUGAAUGAUUAUAUUUCUGCUAGUAAACUCUCUAUAUCUGCAUCUAAAUAAGAACUUAUAAAAUUUUAAAAUCAUUAAGCUAUUUUUAAUAUGUUUAAUUCUAAGAUGAUUUAUUUCAUAACAGAUUUUGAUUAGUAAAGAUUAAUAAUUAAAAGAAUGUCUAGUAAUACAUCAUAAUUAUUGAAUCUUAGACAUGAUUAGUUAAUUAAUAAAGAUAUUGAUCAAUUAUUACCUUGGGGUAUUAGAGAACAUCAUAAUGAAAUGAUUAUGAAUUUUUUAGAAGAAGGAAUAUCUAAAUAUAUGAGAAAGGUAGAUUUAAAAUAUUUUAAAUGUCAUUAAUCUUCAUAUUUAAUAACAGCUGAUUUUACAUUAGAUAUUAGUUUUACUAAAUCAUCUUUAAAAUUUGUAACAUUUUUAUAACCUGUUAUUCAUUAACCAAUGAUAAUAGUACUUAAUUAAAAUAAAAUAAUUACAGAAUUUAGUGAGAAUUUGAUAGAAACAUUAAAUGAAAAGCCUGAAAAUAUAUUAAAUAAACAUAUGAAUUAAUUUUUACCUUCUAUUGAUACAAUUGAAUUUAGUUAAGUAUUAGAAAAUGUUGAAAUGAUAUCUUAAUAAAGUAGUUAUAGUACAAUGAAAUCUUAUUCUAUAAUUACAACAGUUAAUGUAAAAAUUAAAGAAUUAAAAGGUAGAAUUAUUUAUUACUUAUUAACAUUUCAAUUUAUUAAAAAAAUGAAUUAAAAUUAUACUUAUAAUUAGAUGGUAUAGAGUUUCUCAAAUGGAGCCUUGAGUUAAGAUAAAACAGAUAUUAAAACUACAGAAAUGAAAAUUAAGAUUGAAGAUGAUAGAUUUUCUGGUAUUUUUAAAGAAGAAAUAACUAUCUCUAAACCAUAUAUAAUGGAUGAAUAAAAUUAAAGACAUUAAGUUAAUUCUACAUUUUUUUAAUUUUAAUAAUUCUCUAAUAAUUAUCUUUAAAUUAAUUAAGAUAAAUAAAAAAGAACUAUUUAAUAAAAUUAAGCACUCUAAACUAAAAGUUAAAAUAAUUCUACUCUUAUUAGUCCAAAUAAUAGUUUAUAUUAUGAUUAAUUACUCUCUCAAUAAUAAUAUUUUUGUAGGAAUUCUUAAAAAUAAUUAUCUUAUGUUAAAGAAGAAUGUAGUAUAGAUAUGGUAAAAGAACUACAUGCCAUCAAUGAAAGUAAUUAAGAAGAAGAUUGCAAACGAUCUCAAGUAUCUUCUGUGUAAAAUUUAAAAUAAUCUCAACAUUUUAAGAAAUAUUAAAUUUUAUAUAAUGUAAAUAAAUAGUAAUGCCAUUCAGGUUCAUGCUUAUUUUUAAGAACAUCAUUAUUCUCAUUGAUUGCUCAUUCAAUCAUCAUUUAUAUAGUAAAUUAUAUUUAAAUCAUAGAUAAUUUAAAGUUUAUAUAGUAGCUUAAAUUAGUUAGUAAGGGAUAUUGAAUUACUCUAAGUUAAAAAUCAAGCAUUUUAACCUUUGGAGACAUUUUGGGUAAAUAGAUGGAUUAUAUUUAAUUAUAUGAAAAUGAAACAGAACCAUAUCUUGGAUGAGGAUGAAUAUAAUUAAUUGUUAAUAUUUCCAGAAUAUACAAUACCAUUAUAAUUUUAGAGAUUGUAAUCAAAUUUGAAUGAAAUUGUAAAUAAAAAAGAAUUACAGAGUUCUAUGUCUUCUAUUAAUAUUAAAGUAUUAUAAUAUAUAGAUUCUGAUGAAGGAGAGAUUUAUGAAAUCUCAAUUAGAAGUUGUAUUAAUAUAUUAUUAGAAUUUUAAUAUACAUUAAAGUAAUUUUAUGUUGAAAACUAACUACCAUAAACUGACAGUGCCUAUAUUUAUUAUUGUUAUAAGAAUAUAUUCAAUUUAAAGUAACAAUUUCAAAUUUUAAAUGAUAACAUUUAUGAAUAAUCUCAAAUCAAUUCAAUUUAUAUUUUAACAUAGUAAAGAGUACUUUAUUUAAUAUAAUCAAUAUUGAUUAUUUUUAAUCUAAUAGUACUAAUUAUUUUAAUAAGGAAUGUUGAAAAAUAACAUUUAAAACAUUUAAGAUUGUUGUUUUCUUGUCCCAAAGAAACUUAUUAUUAAGAAAUUCAUAAUUAUUAGCUUUUAACAAAGUUUAUUCUUAAAGAUAGUGAUAAUUUAUUCAAAUAUUAAUUUUUUGUACAUGAUAAAGAAAAGAAUUUGAUGAAGUCUACUUCUACACUUAUGAAAUCUAAAGAUCAAAUUCAAAUUAAAAAAAAUAAUAAAGAUAUCAAGAUUUAAGUAGGAGACUAAUCUAUAAGAAUAAUAUCAUUUCUAAUCAUGUUCCUACUUUUAAUUUAAGGUGCAUAUGUUUAUUGGAUGAUGUCAAAGUAUAUUAUUUCAUAUCAACCAACUGCAUAAUUUUAUAGGAAACUUUCUGAUGUAGGUACUGAUAUUCCUACAUUAUAUUCUCAUAUUAGUGUAUUAUAUGGAAUUUCAAACUUUACAUUUCUUAAUUAAAAUGAUAAACAAAAAUUCAUUAAUGAAAUUCAAGAUUCACUUUAGAGAUUAGAAAAUUUUGUAAAUAUUCAAAAUGAUUAAGAAAAGUAAUUAUUCUAUAUAAUAAUAGCAUAUUAUCUACAAAUUUUAUGAAUAAAUAUGAUUAUCUUUAAACUGCUAAUCUUUGUGAAUAUAUAAAUUAAGAAAUAUAUGAUAAUCCCCCUUAAAUUUGUAAUCAAUCACUCAAUUAAAAUUUAUAAAGAGGGAUAUCAUCUGCUCUAAUUUACAUUUUAAAUUCAAUAAAAACAGAAAGAGAUUUAAAUUAGUUUAAUGAAAAAAUAGGUUAUGAUAAAUAUGAAUUAGAAGGAGCUUUGAUAUUUUCAGAAUUCAUUGAAAAUCUAAAUGGUGAAUUCUAUCAAGACUUAAAAAAUGUUACAAUAUAAAAAUUAAACUAAUUAAUUGUAUAUUUAUAAUCAUAUUUCAAUAGUUCACAGUAAUUGGAAUUUUCUGCGUUCUUAUUUUUAUGAUGUUUUUUACUGUAACUGUAGGGAAAUUUUAUUUGACCAAAAAAAACAACGCAAUUAGCUAAUCCAUUUUUAUGAUACCUUUUUCAGUCAUCUUUUUUGAUGACUAUUAUGAAUUAAAACUAAAAAAGAUUUAAUAAAAAGCAUUUCAGAGCAAAUAAAUCAUAUUAUGA